AUUUUAAAGUGCAUUUUUCUAAUUUAACUGCAGUAUUAGCGGACUUUGACCCCCUGGGAAGCGAUUAAAGCUAAAUGCUUAGGUCAACACUCUAAAAAAUUAGUGGUUUAGCAAAAUGGCAUCGCACUGGGAAGAUUUUUACGCCACCCAUUUACCACCCCCUGAUUUCGAAGACAACAGAAGCAUUCUGAAAGAAUUCUGCGAAAGGCACAAAAAAAUCGGUCAGAGAAUCGUCCUGAUAACAUCUGGGGGCACUACGGUGCCGCUGGAGCACAAUACAGUGCGGUUCGUGGAUAAUUUCAGCGCUGGGACUCGAGGUGCGGCCUCCGCGGAGUAUUUUUUGGAGCAUGGGUAUACAGUUAUUUUUAUGCAUCGAUUAAAGUCUCUGGAGCCCUUUACGAGGCAUUUUAACGGGCAAAAGUUGAUGGAUAUGCUAGAGUUGGAUGAAAGAGGGCCCAAUACAUCCAUUACAGUAAAACCUGACAGCGUAGAUGUGCUAGCCCCUGUUUUAGCGAGGUAUAAACACGCUCAAGAAUGCGGUAGAAUACUUUAUAUCAAUUUUACAACCAUAUCAGACUACUUUUGGCUGCUACGAGCUGCCUGUGAAUGUCUUGCUACAUUCGAAUCAUCAGCAUUGCUUUAUUUGGCCGCUGCAGUUUCAGAUUUUUAUGUACCUUCCAACGAAAUGCCUACCCACAAAAUUCAAUCAGGUUCAGGUGUUCCGAACAUUCAGUUGCAACUAGUGCCAAAAUUACUUGCACCUUUAGUUAGUUUGUGGGUGCCACAGGCUUUUGUGGUGUCUUUUAAGCUAGAAACUGAUGAACACAUUUUAAUUCCCAAAGCUAGAAGCGCGCUUAACAAUUACAAGCAUAAGCUUGUGAUUGGUAAUAUUUUGCAAACGCGCAGCUCAAGGGUGGUUUUCGUAACGCCAGACAACAACUACGAGGUAGUUUUAACAAGAGAACAGCAACUAAACGGCAUGGAAAUCGAGGACGGUAUAGUUUCGAACGUUAUUAUAAGCCACACUGAAUUCAUGAAAAACUCCAAAUAUUGAUUGGUGAAUGUUUUGAGCUCAAUUAUCUAUGUUUAAUGUUGUUUUUCCGCGCAAACCGGGAUCAGAAAUAUGUAAGAAAUUCUAGAUAAUCAUUUUCGAAUCAGGGUAUAAGUUCUAUAGAAGUUGUUAAUUGUUUGAAGAAAUAGUUCCUAUGUACACACCAAAUGAUUAUUCAAUUUUUUAAUUUAAAGCUACGAUGCCGUAUUGUGCAAAAUCGGCAAUGUUGUUUUUUUAC